ACUCACAAGUGCUUCACGAAUUUGCGGCGCUAUAUUUUUAGCUUGUUAGCAUGCUAGCAUCAGCAUCGUCGAUAUAAAUUCACAGCAUUUUUGCUCUUUUAUUGUUGAGCAUUUGAAUAGUACCGAACCAUGUACUUUAGCCGCAUAUUAUAAAUGCGAAGCACGCGAGUGUAGUAGCUUUGCGCCAUUUUUAACGCACAAGUCUUGCUUAUUCGGGAUGUUUUUACCCUUAACAUGGAGACAAAACGAGGGGAGAUUCCUAACGGGGUGCUGGAUGACCUUUGCAGUCGCUUCAUUCUUCACAUCCCCAGCGAGGAGCGGGACAAUGCCAUCCGAGUGUGCUUCCAGAUCGAGCUUGCCCAUUGGUUUUACCUGGACUUCUGCCUGCAGAAUUCACCAGGACUACCUCAGUGUGGGAUAAGAGACUUUGCCAAGGCUGUUUUUAACCAUUGUCCAUUCCUGCUGCCCCAUGGAGAGGAUGUUCAGAAGGUUUUAGAGCAGUGGAAAGAGUAUAAGAUGUGUGUGCCCACGUUUGGUGCCAUUAUUCUUGAUGAAACACUUGACAAUGUGUUGAUGGUCCAGGGUUAUCUGGCCAAGUCUGGCUGGGGGUUUCCUAAAGGGAAAGUCAAUGAGGAUGAGGCUUUCCAUGACUGCGCUGUGAGAGAAGUUUUGGAGGAGACGGGCUUUGACAUCCGAGAUCGUAUCUGCCAAAAAUCAUAUAUUGAGCAGAGAAUUUCAGAUCAGUUGGUUCGAUUGUACAUUAUUCCAGGAGUACCUAAAGACACCAAAUUCAACCCCAAGACCAGAAAAGAGAUAAGGAACAUUGAAUGGUUCCCAAUGGAUAAACUGCCUUGCCACAGGAACGAUAUGACCCCCAAAUCCAAGCUUGGACUGGCUCCUAACAAGUUUUUUAUGGCUAUUCCAUUUAUGAGGCAGCUCAGAGAGUGGAUUGCCAAACACAAAGGAGAGUCAACGAGCAGCGAUGAGGAUUUUGCGUCCAAUGGCAGCACACCAUGCAAACCAUUCCGCUCUAAGCCCAGAAGGUCUCAGAUGUUGGUGGAAGCGUCUCCUGAAAGCUGGUCCAAGCAAAAACAACAGAAACCCUUCGGACAAAACUCCCAGAGCGAGUUUGUAGAUGUGCUUAAACCCAAGCAGAAUCACGUGAAAAGCAGCAGCAAGAAACACCAGGAGUCUCCAAACCUGAAAAAAAAAGCUAAUGGUGUGAGUCAGCAGCAGAAAGAUGACAAGAAACUUCAGCCCAGAAGACUGCAGGAUAAUUUUGACACAGAUGCGUCUGGUGAUGUCUACGGUUGUAACGGACAGGCAGACUUGUGUUAUGAGGAAUACGUCCACUCCUCACGCUCUUUUCUCAGCUUCAGAUUUGACAGAGAGGCCAUCAUGAAAUCCUGCUUUGAGUCCUGAAGAUCUGCUGUACGGCCUCUGGUUUUUAAAAGAUCUGAUGCAGUAAAUUUCCUGAAUAUCUACAAGUGGAUCUUCUGCGCUGUAAACCUGUUGGUCGAGAUGCAUUGUGUGUUGGACCAAGAAUCAAGGACAAUGUCAGUUCCUAUAGAUCUGGAGUACUGUUAGCUUGAGUUCUUUUUAGACUUAAUAUUUAUUCUAAAAACUUGAAUAAUGAAUGCAUUGUUUUGUCACUAAAGAUGAGUUUUUCUUUGUAAACCUGCUCUUUGUAAUCUGUUAAGGAACUAACUGGUUUUGUUUGAAACACAUAACAGUAGUUUGGUUCAGAGCCCCUGAAGUGUGUAUUCUGCUCUUGUUUCAAUGUGAAUUCAGAUGUUACAGUAAUAAUCGGUCCAGCUGUAUGUUGAAUUUCUAUGGCUGAAGUCAUCUUGGUGUUUAUUGUGUGCUGUGUUUUUGCUGUUAAACAUAAAUCCUUGCAAAUAUAAGAAGCUGCUCAAAAGCAUGCUCUCAGAACAUCGCUUGACAUUACUCGUCCAACAGCAGUAAAACUGCUAUAUACUUUUAAGUUCUCAGUCACCAAAUGUCUUCUCAGUUUGAUGCAUAUUGGAUUAUGCUAUUUGAUAAAUUACAUUUCAUCCAUGUUUCCCUGAAA